AUGCCCAUCAACGAAACAUUCAAUGGUUUUAUCGAAACCACCACAGAUGCUCUCUUGAUAUUUGAAGCUUGUCGCAGAGGCAUUUUGCCAAAAAUUAGCCGUAGACUACAGGACAGAGAAAGAGGUGCUAUUCGAUCUGGUACUAUCUAUGUCUUUGAUGAAAAAGAAUCAGGUAUCAGACGUUGGACUGAUGGACUUGUCUGGAGCCCUUCUCGUAUCCUUGGUAACUUCUUAAUUUACAGAGAACUCGAUGGUCGUGAGUCUCUUCACCAGAAACAACAUAUGGAAGCUUCUACAUCGUACAUGGCCAAUUACUACACUUCCACUUCUAUCUAUGACCCAGCCUCAGAAGAUAGCUUGGAGGAACAACUCUCUAGUGAAGAACGUGACCGAGAGCGUAACUUGGUAGGCUCUCUCACCGAUACUUACAAGUUCAAGAAAGGGGGACUUAUUAAAAAGACAAUCAGUAUCCACUUGAAUGGAUCCAUUCAACACUUGAUUAGUUACUAUACCAAGACAGAUGUUCUUGAUGCCAAGUUAGCCACCCCAUCUUCUGUUUCUGAGAUUUCUUCGUUACAAAUUGCUCCUGAUCUUCUCUUGAAGCAAAGCUUUCGUGUUCCACCUUCUGUUGAAUUUGCUGAACUUAUCCUCAAGCGACCUAGCCUUUCUCCUUCUUCUACCAUCUCCUCUGCUUCAUCUUCCACUCAAUCCUAUUACCGCAAGUCUUAUGGUAACAUGAAGCCUGGUACACCUUAUUCUCUCCAUGACGGCUACAGAAGACGUUAUCACCAUCACAAGGAUCUUCAAUACGAAGAUUACCACUCUUUACGUACGUUUCAUUCAUAA